UGAUUCUAGCUCCGCGGCGCGAGGCGCCGCUCUGUGGCAGCUCAGCUCCCGCUAGCGUGGAGGGAUCCGCGGGAGCCUCCCUGCACCCCCAUUUCUGGGGUCACUGCCACUCAGGCAGGCAAGGUUUCAGAUGGGUUUUGUCUGGUAACCCCACUGCCUGCUCCUUCCUUAACUGGGAGCUGAUGCCCCAACAUCCUCAGGAGAAGUCCCAGGUCUACCCCCGCCGCCGCCGCCCCGGGAGCCACACAGGCACUGAGAGCCCGGAGGCUGUCUCAGCAGCAGCGAUGUACACCUUCCUGCCGGACACCUUCUCGCCUGUCAAGUCCAAACCAUCCAAGGAGCUGAAGCCGCUGCUGCUCUCGGUGGUCGUGGGGCUGCUGCUGGUGCUGGCGGCCGUCGUGGCCUGGUGCUACUACAGCGCGUCCCUGCGCAAGGCGGAGCGUCUGCGCGCCGAGCUGCUGGACCUCAGCAGCGGUGGCUUCUCCAUCCGCAAUCAGAAGGGCGAGCAGGUCUUCCGCCUGGCUUUCCGCUCGGGCGCGCUGGACCUGGACUCCUGCAGCGGUGACGGCGCCCUGAUCGGCUGCUCGCGCACGGCAGAUGGACGCCCCCUGCACUUCUUCAUCCAGACGGUGCGGCCCAAGGACACGGUCAUGUGCUACCGCGUGCGCUGGGAGGAGGCCGAGCCUGGGCGCGCGGUGGAGCAAGCCAUGUUCCUGGGCGACGCCACGGCCCACUGGUACGGCGGCGCCGAGAUGCGGACGCAGCACUGGCCCAUCCGCCUGGACGGCCAGCAGGAGCCGCAGCCCUUUGUCACCAGCGACGUCUACUCCUCCGACAGUGCCUUCGGGGGCAUCCUGGAGCGCUACUGGCUGUCCUCCCGCGCGGCUGCCAUCAAGGUCAACGACUCCGUGCCCUUCCACCUGGGCUGGAACAGCACGGAGCGCUCGCUGCGGCUGCAGGCGCGCUACCACGACACGCCCUACAAGCCCCCCGACGGCCACCCCGCCGCGCCGGAGCUCAGCUACCGCGUGUGCGUCGGCUCAGACGUGACCUCCAUCCACAAGUACAUGGUGCGGCGUUACUUCAAUAAGCCCUCGCGGGUGCCAGCCCCGGAGACCUUCCGGGACCCGAUCUGGUCCACGUGGGUCCUGUACGGGCGCGCCGUGGACCAGGACAAGGUGCUGCGUUUUGCGCAGCAGAUCCGCGAGCACCGCUUCAACAGCAGCCACCUGGAAAUCGACGACAUGUACACCCCGGCCUACGGGGACUUCGACUUCGACGAGGCCAAGUUCCCCAACGCCAGCGACAUGUUCCACCGCCUGCGCGAGGCCGGCUUCGGGGUCACGCUCUGGGUGCACCCCUUCGUCAACUACAACUCGUCGCGCUUCGGCGAGGGCGUGGAGCGCGAGCUGUUCGUGCGCGAGCCCACGGGCCGGCUGCCCGCGCUGGUGCGCUGGUGGAACGGCAUCGGCGCGGUGCUGGACUUCACGCGCCCCGAGGCGCGCGACUGGUUCCAGGCGCACCUGCGGGGGCUGCGCGCGCGCUACCACGUGGCCUCCUUCAAGUUCGACGCCGGCGAGGUCAGCUACCUGCCGCGGGACUUCAGCACCUACCGGCCGCUGAGCGACCCCAGCGUGUGGAGCCGGCGCUACACGGAGAUGGCGCUGCCCUUCUUUGCGCAGGCCGAGGUGCGCGUGGGCUACCAGUCGCAGAACAUCUCCUGCUUCUUCCGCCUGGUGGACCGCGACUCGGUGUGGGGCCACGACCUGGGCCUGCGCUCGCUCAUCCCGGCCGUGCUCACCGUCAGCAUGCUGGGCUACCCCUUCAUCCUGCCCGACAUGGUGGGUGGCAACGCGGUGCCCGAGCGCACAGCGGGCGGCGCGGGCGUGCCCGAGCGCGAGCUGUACGUGCGCUGGCUGGAGGUGGCCGCCUUCAUGCCCGCGCUGCAGUUCUCGGUGCCACCCUGGCACUAUGACGCCGAGGUGGUGGCCAUUGCGCGCAAAUUCGCCGCGCUGAGGGCCUCGCUCGUGGCGCCGCUGCUGCUGGAGCUGGCGGGCGAGGUGACCGACACGGGCGACCCCAUCGUGCGCCCGCUCUGGUGGAUAGCGCCCGGCGACGAGGCGGCGCACCGCAUCGACUCCCAGUUCCUCAUCGGGGACACGCUGCUGGUGGCGCCGGUGCUGGAGGCCGGCAAGCAGGAGCGCGACGUCUACCUGCCCGCGGGCAAGUGGCGCAGUUACAAGGGCGAGCUUUUUGACAAGACGCCGGUGCUGCUCACAGAUUACCCUGUGGAUCUGGACGAGGUGGCCUACUUCAUGUGGGUGUCCUGACCCAGCCCAGGGUCCAGGAAGCCCACCGCCCUGCACCCGGUCUUCAUGCAGGCCUGUAACUUAAUCUCCAUCACAACCACACCGUGCGCCCCACCCGAGCCUCUGCCUCCCCACAGUGUGGGUGCUGGCCUAAAUGUGCUCUAAGCAGGGGAGGGGGUGUUGAGGCAACCUCCCACUGCAGGGCACCGUCCUAACAGCCCACUGUUCUAUCCACGCUCAUUCAGAUCCCUGAAAGCUCUCCCCGGGAAUGGGGUGACAGAGCUCAGUGGUGAAAGGUCAGCUGUUUUCCUGCUAUGCAUGGUUGGGUUUGAGAAGCACACAGAGAAACCUUACCCUCCGUUCUGGCUUGAGUGGCCAUUUUUGGCCCCAAAUAGCCCCCUGCCACACUUAGAGAGGACACAUUUUUUUUUUCUCUUGGAAGCUAAGCCCUGGACUGGCUUGAACUGCUGCUGACCUGGUCCCACCCCAGUUGGCAAGAAGGAAUGGAGGUAUUUGUCCAACUGACAAGGACACAAGAGGUCUCCUCCCAGAGAAAAUGAGGACAGGCUCAGCUCGGAGACAUGCUCCACGGCCCGCAUUUGUGAAGAGACUCCUAGCACUGCACUGACCCUCUGGGUACACACAUGGACGCCCCGGGCCUCAUGGGCAAUGACUUAGAAGGUCAUGCUGGCUAGACUCGGUGCCUUAACUCAAGAACCUGUAUGUGUGUGUGUGUGUGUGUGUGUGUGUAUAUGUGUGGGGUACAAUGUGGAUCUAUGGAAUAAACACAAACACCCCUGAGGUCAGAUAAAACUAGAGGUUUUGUUUUUUGAGGUUUUGAUGAUUGAACUGGCACCCUCCCAGGUGACUCUGGUAGAAAAUAAACAACACUUUCAAGAUUCCUCAGCUGCCUCACUCCCUACACAAAUGAUAGGGUGUGGCCUAAAAGGGAAUGGUUUUCUGACUCCGCCGGUGGCGGGCUUCAGCACACGAACCACAUGCAUACAUCAACACCUGUGAAUACACACACAGGGUAAGGUCUUCUAUUUCAGUUUUUUUCCUUUCCUAAGAAGAGCAACCUCAGCCAGCUUGAUUUUCCCUGACUUUGCAGCUGAGUCUGGAGAAAGUGACUUGCCAGAGCAGGGAGGUGGAAAGCAGGGCAGGGGUCAGCCUCCCUCAACAGCUGGGACAGCAGAACCAGGUCCCUGGAGCCUCUACUGAAUGCACCCCUUUGCCUGCUUCUGCACCCCCUAUAUUUGAUCAAUUUGAAGAAUGCCUGAUGAAAGUUUUGGGGCACUCACAGUUGCCAUCUUGAGCGCUGAUUCUACCACUCAUCUACACGUUGUGUGACCUUGAGCAAGUUGCUUGAGCCACAAUUUCCUUAUAUGUAAAGUGGUUAUAAUCGUGCCUAGCUCCCAGGUUGUGGGAAUUAUAAGCACAGAAGUAUGUAAAGUGCCUGGCACAAGUAGGUGCUCAAUAAAAGGUAGCUAUUAUAAUACCAUUUCUCUUUUUUCUUGCUUAAAACAUUAAGUGUUUUUUUUUCAGACCUCAGCUCCCAACUCAUCUGGCUUCCUCUGGGCCUGCUUAUGACACCCUCUUCCGAAACCUCUGCACACAGCACCCAGUUGAGCUCUGAGUGUGUGAUGCAAAGGACACAGGGAUUCAGGAGACAGGCGAGAGGAGAGAGAGCUGAAGGUGUGAUGUCGGGAGCCAGGGUUUCUGGCACCCUGGAUGAUAGGGAAUAAAUGGAACUAGCUUUCCUCUCCUUUUUGUCAAGCGCAUCUCCCCAGCAGUACUCAUUAAUGAACUUCCUCAGGCCCCUGGUAGCCAGCCAUGUGCUAUAGAAGUGACUGCAGAAGAAAGACACUCAGGCUGGCCUCUGGCCACUUCCCCAAAUGACUGGAGAGCCUGGCUCCCCCAUGAAUGGCCCUCCCACUCUGUGCCACCUGUA